CAAUAACAAGGCAGUUAAAGUUAGAAGUCAUGUUCAAAGAACUUCUUAUAAAGUAUCAGAAAAACUUAUCAUUAUUCAAGAAGCAAAACAGAUUGGUGUUUUGGCUGCUUCAUAUCACUUUGGUAUUGAUCAGUCUAUGUUAAAUGAACUUCGACAAAUGGGAAUUGCAGUAACAUCAGGUUCUAUUAAAAUGCAAAUGUAUACAAUUUUAUCAACAACCUGUGCAAAUAAAUAUCCGGGUGCUUCACAACAAUUUCAUGCAUCCAAAUCUUGCCAAAAGUUACCUAAAGAUCUCACUGAAAAAAUAAUUGAAUUUCAUAAAUUUGUAAUUCAAGCUCAAUUAAAAUGUGCUAAAACGGUUCAAAUUAGAACAACUGGAAAUAAAAAAAACCAGUUUACUUGUGUUUUGGCAAUUACGACAAAUGAUCAAGAGAAUAGUGAAAUCAAUGAUAAUAAAAAUUUGUUUGAGGUAGUUGAAGAAGAUAGUUUAUCUGCUGAAGAACUAGAAGAUUAA